CUCGCAUCGCUCUGGAAGCAUCUGUCGUCCAAGUCGAAUCCACUGGGACAUCUGGCAGGUGGAAAGACCCUACUCGAGAUCGAUCCCGCUGAGCAUCUGGACCAGCAACGCGGCCACGCAGCCACGCAGCCAUGACCGUCGACUAUACAGGCGAUCUGAGCCAGUUCGUCAGCACCUCCAUUCAGAAAUAUGUUCUGGGCAGCCACACCCUGCGUGUAGACUGCAUCGCGGCAAGACUGGAUCCGCCAGCGCAGCUAUUUGAGGAACCAUCCACGUCGCAGCAGCUGGAUCGGCUGGUGCUCAUCUCCAAGGUCGGUUCGUCUCCGCUGAUUGUCUUUGGCAUGAAGGUCUCCGAGUUUGUUGUCUGCGAGACCGGGUCCGACUCGGCUCGGUCUGUGCAUGCCUAUAUCGAGAAGAUCGACUCGACCGGAUUCUUCGACCACAGCCUUGCUCGCUCUGAGGCCUCGGCGGGUCAGGAUUUCUAUUCGAUAUCCCGGUCGACGCUGUUUGGCUACAUCCAGCACCUCUACGAUCGCUACAAGUCGCAGGCUCCGGAGAUUUGGGUCCACACAUUCGCUCGCUCGAUGCCUGAGUACCUGUUCCCAGACUCCAAGCUCAACCCUGGAAAGUACCGCGCCAGUAAUCCCGGCGCCGGCCUCGUUCGGUGGUGGAAGUCGACUCUGGACCAAGCCAUGGCCAAAAUGGAUCCGCAGCCGAUAUCCGAGGCAUUCUGGCUCGUCCCCGGCGAGGGCGAGGCGCUCGCCCGCCGCUUCUUUGAAGCCCCCGGAUGUGUUCUCAAAUGGAACUGGGGGCUGCCUUGGCCAGCACACGGGUCCGCGGCAGUGCUGGUUCCCCGGUUCCCGGACGACCCGAAAGGCCGCAUCAUCGCCGAUUCCCUGAGCACUGCAGCCAAACCAUCCGGAAAGCCAACGCUGACGGUCAAGUCCCUGGUCAACAUGCUCGAGUGCUCAGGCGAGUCGUCGAACCAGACCACUUGCUAUUUUGUGGUGCGCAUGCAAGCCGCCCACAACGCCGACGAGCCGAGUUGCGGUAUGGAUCGCUCCAGAGAGGGAUGCACCGACUCAAACCUGUGCGAUCACAAGGCAUUCGAAGCCAUCACCAAGGAGCUUGGGAGUGGAUGCUACAGUAGCCAACAGAAUGCAGUUCAAUCCAGCGACCGCCUGAUCAAACUGUUCCGCGAGACCCCGGGCACCACAUGCUCCCAUAUUCGCAUCGAGAACGUCCCCAAAGCAAAGGGUUUGGAUGAAACUGCGGUCAACUCAAGCACAGCCCCAGCAACGACAAUCACCAGUCUUCAGGGUUUGAUCAAGAAGAAGAGCAAAACGGCGCCAAAUACUGUCGUAACCAGCAGCAUUCCCGACGGAAGUGCAACAUCCUCAAUAGCGAGCACCUCCGUUGUAGAGUCCCGUUCCAACGAUAUCCAAAGCCUCGUGAAGCGCAAGCAGCGACCGCCAAUGCAGACCAAUCCGGACAGCGAGCCAGCCAAGCGCAUGAAGCCUGGGGCGGGCAAUGAUUGCGAGUAAAUGAUGGGGGCAUGGAUAAUAUGGACGGACUGUCCGCAGAGUAUCCGUGGAAAUAUAUAUACAUUACUAUA